AUGACGUCAGCAUUUGGUCGGCCAGCUGCUAAAAAAGCUGGCACGGCUUCUUUGGCUGCUGGCAGCAGCAACAAUAGCAGCUGCGGUAACAACACCACAGCUUAUGAAUACGUCUGGGAGUUGCAACCAGAUAAGAAAGGUUUCACCCUUUGGUGUGAGGACGACGAGAACAACAGCAGCAGCAACAACAACAACAACAUGGAUGAUGAUGACGUCAAUGUGGAUGACGAUGACGUCAAUUCCAUCCGGAAGAGUCGCGUGCACAGGAACAAGAUGGCCGACAGCGGAAAUGGAUCUGAUAAAAAUUUUGAGCUAUCAAAUCUUAGAUGCACCUGCUAUCUGCAACAUCAACAACACCAACAGCAGCAGCAACAACAACAACAGCAGCAACAACAACAACAGCAGCAGCAGCACAACAACAACAACAAAUGUCAAUUUAUGCUACAACACCCACAACAACCGCAGCAGACCGAAGAAGCCGUUUGUCGUAGUUGUGGUCACAUGAUCGAUCGGAAAUCAUCAGUCGGCUCGGCGCCAUCUUGCUUUAUGACGUCAUCAAAAUAUUUUUCCGGAAGUAGUGGUGGUGGUAGUAACAAUAGUAGCUGCAUUGGAAGCAGCGUUAGUGGCGUUUGCAAUGUCAUUUCAAACGAACAAAACUGCUGCAAUAUGGCCAAGGGUAACAGAUAUGCAACAAAGCCCGCUUCUUCUUGA